AUGCAGCUCCAAACUUGGACCAUUGUGGCUACUCUGCUCGGCUCGGUGGCCGCCGUUCCGCUCGCAGCAGUCUCUGGCCGCGCCGUCGAUGCUGAUGUUGUUCCCAAGGGUUACGCCGUUGAGUGCAGAUCCGAAGCCGGUACUAAGCUCUGCAAAGACAGCGACGAGGCCAAGGAGUUCCUCCAAUGUCGGGGAAACGGAGAAGUCUUUGGUGUUGAAGGCUCCCGGUUCGAGUACUGCGCCCGGGACUGCACAUGCGUAACCCUCAAUGGAGCCUGCGGAAACCGAACCACCUGCUAA